CCGCCAGUCAAUCAGCAUCGCCAUGUCCUACAUUAUUGUACAAUAUUAUCCUGAAACAGACUAAGCAAUUAAGAUCCGAUCCUUCAGGGGUCUACGGCCCAUUUUGCCAUCCACUCAACUCUGUUCAACAUCACUGCCUGUCAGUGAUUAUCAACACGGGCCGCUCUUAAUUACAUCUCACGCUGCGUUGGGAAAGAGAUUAGGAAAUGGCUCUUCCAGCUGAACCAGGGGAUUCCAAAUUCACCGUCUUCCUCCGCCUGCCGUUUCCCAGAGGAGACUUCGUGGAUCCUCCGCCUGUUGAAUGGGACGCAGCAAAAGACCAGGCUCUUUGGGAUGUCCUGUCGCGGCCUUCCAAGGGAGAUGAUAUAGACUGGAAAACACUUGCAAAUAAUUUCGGCGUGACUCUGCAGUUCUUUCUGCAGCAAGCUGCGUGGCUCUGUGACCGGCAGUUGACCCAGGUUCGCGCGCAAAUGCGCAAAGUGGGCACGGCCCAGUCAACUUCUCCGUCGCCAAUGCUUGGCUCGACUUCGGGGAGUGCUGCUGGUGCCCAAGUAUCCCGUCCCCCUCCAAGCCGUCUUACGACACAACAGAAAGACACGCAGCCGCAACGAAUCGUUCCCCAGCGCACCAGUUCCAAUGCUACCAUCAACCAAAUCAAACGAGAUCAAUCGCGCAAUGCCACACCUACGGCAGAGAUGAAAGAUCCCAAGCCUGAAGGUUCCGGUCGUCGACCUUCUGCAAAUAUCCGGGAGCAACCACCACCUGCGCCGGCUCGCAGAACCCCUACCUUGGAAGAAGAGGACCUUUCGACGAGUUCAUCCGAGUCAGAGUCAGAUGAAGAGGAGGAGCUAGACAGCCGGCGGAAUCCCAGGUUCAAGCGCUUCGGGAAGUUCUCUAUGCAUCGACCGGGUCUGCGGGACGAUGAAGAAGAUGACGAGGAUGACUCGCCAGCUUUCCUCCCUUACUCGCGAGACGUUGAACAUAGGCCUCGGGAGCACAGUGGACAGGACCUCAAUGCAACAUUGCGUCUCAAUACCGGAAGCCCAGAUGUCUACCGCCGGCGUUCAGCGGAGCAUCCUCAGACUCCUCGAAACCCCAUGACAGCAGAAUCUUCAAUGAGCUCUGCGAGCUCCGGGGUCCCUGUGAGUCACCAGCCGAGUGACAGCAGUCGACAAGCAAGCCAAGUCGCAAGUCCACGACGAGGCGAGUUGGCCAGCCCGCGGCGGUCGAGAGAAGCCAGUGAUGGCACGCCCAGUAUUGGGAGCAGCUUCAGCGACCUUGAUGACGCAGGUAUUACACAGUCAGCGCUUGAAGAGGUACUACUCAGCAACAUGCAGGGCGGAAUGGCGAGUCGGAUGAGCACCAUCAGCCAAGCUUUCCGGAGUCGCUACCUGUAAGACAUAGUAUGAUAUAAGCUUGAUAUAAGAUCCUAAACUGUCAAUUAUACCAUUUUACUCUUUAUGUAUGAAUGUUUAUGCGGAGAAUCACGUGGUACCCCGCGGCAGUGACGUCAACCCGUUCAUUCCGAAAGCGGUGAGACAAAGAAACCGACCGAGCCCCUCGGCAUAAGCGGAGUUGAGGCUAGGGAACCGGUCAGCGUGCAUUAUUAUCCUACUAAGC